UUUUCUUUUUCAGCGUCUGUAAGAAAUUUUGGAACACGAGUUGGCGAGUUCUUCUCCAGAAAGAAAAGGGAUGUGAAUCAAGAAGCUGAAAAUAUCGAAAACGCUACUGAAGCACAUGUUCAGCAAGCAAAAGAUGAAGUGGAAAAGGACAUCCACAAUGUGUCACAUAACAUUGCUGAAGGUGCCAAAAACACUAAAAACGCGAUCAAUGAAGAAUUGAAUACAGCAGGAAAGAAAGUCAACGAAACCGCCCAAGGCGCGCAUGAUAUCAUCCAAGAAAAAAUCAUGAGUACUGACCGAACCAUUAACAACAAACUUCAAGAAGCAGACAGCGCCUUAAAGUCCACCUCACAAUCAGCUGACAAGAAAUGGAAAGACACUGAAGCCCAAGUAGCUGCCAGAGUAAAAGAAACAGAAGAAUUUGCUGAAGCCAAACGUAAAGAACUAGCUGACAGUUUGCGCAAUGUAGGACAGAAUGCAGAUAAUCAAAUACAUCAGACUGGGCAAACUAUCCAACAAGGAGCUAACAACUUAGCACAAAAUAUAGAUAACAAACUGAAUGAAGCUGCUCACGGCGCUGAAGCUAGAAGAAAAGAUCUUGCUGCGGAUAUACAACAUUACGGACAAAAUCUUGAACAUAAAAUUCACGAUGUAACAGCUGCAGCUGAAAAUAAAAAACAUGAAAUCGUUGGUGAAACCCAAAAUCUAGCUAGAAAUAUCGAUCAAAAACUAGCUGAGACUGCAAAUGCUGCUGAAGCCAAAAGAAAAGACAUAGUCACAGGUGCUGAAAAUUUAGGCCACAAUACCGCUAAAGGUAUUAAUAAUGCCAUGCAGAAUACCAAAGAAGGAUUUAAAAACGUUGGAAAAACAAUUGAUAAUAAAUUACAAGGAGCUGCUGAUGACGCUGAAGCUAAAAAGCAAGAAUUAGCAUCAGGAGUUCAAAAUGUAACACAAAAAACUGUAGAAGGGGCUCAAAACGUAGCUAAAAAUAUUGACAAUAAAUUAAAAGAUACUGCAGAUGCAGCUGAAACGAAAAGAAAAGAUUUGGUAUCUGGAGCCGAAAAUUUAGCCCAUAAUACAGCCAAAGGUAUUGAUAAUGCAGUUCAUAGCACCAAAGAAGGGGUCCAAAAUGCGGCACAAAAAACUGUAGAUGGAGCUCAUAACAUAGCUAAAAACAUGGAUGACAAAUUCAAAGAUACUGCAGAUGCAGCUGAAGCCAAAAGGAAAGACAUAGUCACAGGUGCCGAAAAUUUAGCCCAUAAUACCGCUAAAGGCAUUGAUAAUGCCGUGCAAAAAACCAAAGAAGGAUUUCAAAACGUUGGAAAAACGAUUGAUAAUAAAUUACAAGGAGCUGCUGAUGCGGCUGAGGUUAAAAAGCAAGAAUUAGUGGCCGGAGUUCAAAAUGUAAAACAAACAACUGUAGAAGGGGCUCAAAACGCAGCUAAAAAUAUUGACAAUAAAUUAAAAGAUACUGCAAAUGCAGCUGAAACGAAAAGAAAAGAUUUGGUAUCUGGAGCCGAAAAUUUAGCCCAUAAUACAGCCAAAGGUAUUGAUAAUGCAGUUCAUAGCACCAAAGAAGGGGUCCAAAAUGUGGCACAAAAAACUGUAGAUGGAGCUCAUAACAUAGCUAAAAACAUGGAUGACAAAUUCAAAGAUACUGCAGAUGCAGCUGAAGCCAAAAGGAAAGACAUAGUCACAGGUGCCGAAAAUUUAGCCCACAAUACCGCUAAAGGCAUUGAUAAUGCCGUGCAAAAAACCAAAGAAGGAUUUCAAAACGUUGGAAAAACGAUUGAUAAUAAAUUACAAGGAGCUGCUGAUGCGGCUGAGGUUAAAAAGCAAGAAUUAGUGGCCGGAGUUCAAAAUGUAAAACAAACAACUGUAGAAGGGGCUCAAAACGUAGCUAAAAAUAUUGACAAUAAAUUAAAAGAUACUGCAAAUGCAGCUGAAACGAAAAGAAAAGAUUUGGUAUCUGGAGCCGAAAAUUUAGCCCAUAAUACAGCCAAAGGUAUUGAUAAUGCAGUUCAUAGCACCAAAGAAGGGGUCCAAAAUGCGGCACAAAAAACUGUAGAUGGAGCUCAUAACAUAGCUAAAAACAUGGAUGACAAAUUCAAAGAUACUGCAGAUGCAGCUGAAGCCAAAAGGAAAGACAUAGUCACAGGUGCCGAAAAUUUAGCCCACAAUUCCGCUAAAGGCAUUGAUAAUGCCGUGCAAAAAACCAAGGAAGGAUUUCAAAACGUUGGAAAAACGAUUGAUAAUAAAUUACAAGGAGCUGCUGAUGCGGCUGAGGUUAAAAAGCAAGAAUUAGUGGCCGGAGUUCAAAAUGUAAAACAAACAACUGUAGAAGGGGCUCAAAACGUAGCUAAAAAUAUUGACAAUAAAUUAAAAGAUACUGCAAAUGCAGCUGAAACGAAAAGAAAAGAUUUGGUAUCUGGAGCCGAAAAUUUAGCUCAUAAUACAGCCAAAGGUAUUGAUAAUGCAGUGCAUAGCACCAAAGAAGGGGUUCAAAAUGCUGCGCAAAAAACUGCAGAGGGUGCUCAAAAUGUAGCUAAAAAUAUUGACAAUAAAAUAAAAGACACUGCAAAUGCAGCUGAAAUAAAAAGAAAAGAAUUAGUAUCUGGAGCUGAAAAUUUAGCUCAUAAUACGGCAAAAAACAUCGAUAAUACAGUACAAAACACCAAGGAAGCAGUUCAAACUGUUGGGAAAAAUAUUGGCAACAAACUACAUGAAGCCGCUGAUGCAACUGAAGCAAAAAAACAGGAAUUAGUUUCCGGUAUUCAAAAUACUGCAAACAAAACAGCUGAAGGAGCUCAAAAUGUAGCUAAGAAUAUUGAUAACAAACUUAAAGAGACUGCAGAUUCAGUUGCAGAUAAAAAAAAUGAGUUAGUUGCAGGAGCACAAAACGUAGCUAAAAAUGUUGAUAAUAAAUUACACGAAGCCGCAGAAAAAACUGACGCUAAAACAAGAGAAUUUUCGCAAGGCGUCAAAGAUGUGGGACACGCAAUACAUGACAAAUCCAGUUCAGCUUUAAGUGAAGCUAAAGACAAUAUUAGCUCAGGUCUUCAUGCUGCUGGAGAUAAAUUAAGCGAAACGGGCCACAAUAUUCAAAGCGCUUUUGAUAACUCAAAGAAAAAUGCAAACGAUGUGGCAAAUCAGAAGAAACAAGAAGUCCAGAGUGGACUAAGUAGUUUCGGUGACAGUAUAGAUAAUAAACUAGCAGAGACGGGAAAGUUUUUCGACACUAAAUUUCAUGACACGGCCAACUUUUUGGAAACCGCAAAACACGAUCUGAAACAGGAAACAGAUGAAAGUAACAAACGAGCACAAGCUGGCCUUGACGAUGUCGCGGAUGCCGCGAAAAAUAUUUUUGGAGGUGGACUGUUUUCUAAAAAAUAA